AUGCGAACGUUAUGCGGCAUCGAUAACGGUUAUUAUUACGUUCGUGGCAAAUACGCGACGGUGAGGAGAUGCCGCGAGAGAUCCAGCGGCAGGCAGUGGGCCGCCAAGUUUCUGAGGAAGCGUCGACGAGCGCAGGAGCUCAGAGCGGAAGCGCUACACGAGGUCGCAGUGCUGGAUGCCGCGGCCCAUUGUUCUCGCCUUGUCUCCCUUCAUCAAGUCUUCGAGACCAAUACCGAGAUGGUUCUCGUCCUUGAGCUGGCUCCUGGUGGCGAGUUACAAAUGAUACUCGACCGAGACGAAGUUCCAGAGGAACGUCAGGUCGCGAGAUUGUUGAGGCAGAUUUUGGACGGGAUCGCCUUUCUGCAUUCCCUCAACGUAGCUCACCUCGACAUCAAGCCGCAAAAUUUGGUGCUCACUGGAGAAUUUCCCGACUGCGACGUGAAGCUAUGCGACUUCGGCAUAUCGCGAUACAUCAGCCACGGCACGGACAUACGAGAGAUCCUGGGCACGCCCGAUUAUGUCGCUCCGGAGGUACUGAAUUACGAGCCGAUCAGCCUGGCGACCGACAUGUGGUCCGUCGGCGUGCUGCUCUACGUACUGUUAACGGGAUGCUCCCCGUUCGGCGGCGACACCAAGCAGGAGACGUUCUGCAACAUCAGUAGAUGUCGUCUGGACUUUCCGGACGAUCUCUUCGAGGACGUUUCCGAGGAGGCGCGCGAUCUCAUGCGCAAGCUCAUGGUGAAGGAUCCGAACGAACGCCUGACGGUGACCGAGUGCCUCCAGCAUGCCUGGUUCAACAUGUUCGAGCAGCCGUCGGCGCCUUUGUCAUCGACCACGUGCUCCACGUCGGACGACAGUUCGACGGUGGAUCCGUUGACGACCUCGUCCGGAUUGAACGUCGACGCGAAGAGACGGGAAGAGAACGAUUCCGCGUCGUCGUGCGUAAACGCUCAUGCCGCACCAUCGUCGUCCUCCGCAUCAAAAACCGAAAACGUCAACGAGAAGCAGCAACGAUUGUCCACCCCCGGUUUGAGCCACAGCCUGGAACCGUCCAAGCCGACGAAUGUGCGCGCCGUCUCGUCGCACACGGAGAAUUUGCACACGGCGUCGAAGUUGUCGUCCACGCCCGUCAGACUCGGUCUGAAUCCGGACCGCAGAGACACCUUCAAGAAGAACAUGGACUCGCUGGCGCGAAAGUUCUCGGGUACGAUUCUACAAGAGAUCGUUCUUCUCGACUCGGCGUCGAAUUCUUCGUCUACGACGGGAGCCAACGGUAACAACGGCGGUGUUCAGCAACAUCGCGCCAUCGCCACGCACACGAUGCCCGCCAGCGGCGAGGUGUUCAAGUGCACGCCCGUGUUCAUUCUCGGCGAGGCGGAGCAGCAAUGCAGCAGCGAUUGCGGCAGCGACACCGUUUCCGAGAUCUCGACCGACAGCUCGAGCGAUCGCAGCAGCAUCUACUCGGACGACUCUCUGGACUUCAUUCUUUACGGCAAGAGCCAGGGCCGAGCGAGCUUUCCGUUCACCGCCGCGGACGCGAACGCCGACAGGUGGGAACAGAGGCACAAUCAUCACCGCACCGCCCGAGCGUGGCCGCGCGAAUGUAACGGCGUCGUCAGCAAAGCGAUCAGCCGUUUCAUCUCGGAGACUUCGUCCGCCGGGACCAAAAUCGCCAAGAUUCCGACACCCUCGACGGCUAUGCGCGGCAGCAAGACUAGUCUCGAAGCGCUGCGCGAGCGGGGCGGCAAUUUGGUGGUCAUCAGGGAGCCCGUUCGCGCCGGCAGAUACACCAGAUACAGCGAGGUGCAGUGCGAGUCGGUGCAGGCGCGCAUUCGACGGUUUCAGGUGCAUGAAGCCUCGUAAGAGAUUGUCGUGCACGGGUCGAAGAGUUUUGCUCUGCGUUCGUAUCCACGCCAGAUGGGCAAGAGUCUGGCUCCGUCUCUUGAAAGAAGCCCGAGCGGGAGAUCAAAAGCUUGAGGCGGUUGUAUAUGUUACGCAAUCACAACGAGAUGACACCUGAAGGAUGCGCGAGAGAUCGAGCGAAGAGAAGGGGCGAAAGAGACAGACGAACGAAUGUUCUCGAGAUUCGUGAAGCCUGUGUGAUGACAGAGAGAGAGAGAGAGAGAGAGAGAGAGAGAGAGAGAGAGGUUCUUUCGGAAAGUUCGAAAGUUUUUAUGAAAACAAUACUUACAAACUUUGUUUUAAAAAAAUUUAAAAAAAAUUGAUUUUUGUUUGGAAUUAUUAAAUUUGGAUUUUUCGAUAUCGGAGAAACACGUAUUGGUGAAGUUCGUGGGCAAGUAAUUUAUUCAAACUGUGUCUGAGAAACUUGAUGCGACAGCAAAGAAGACCCGCGAACAAUGUUACACCCGAUUAAGAAAGUUUUCUGUGUGAAAGUUUUUUUUUCCAUAAUAUUAAGCGUUACUUUGUGUAGGGAAGGGAACAAGAAAAAAAAGUCGCGUGCGUCGCACCCAAAAACCUGAACAGCGACAACAGCGUUUCGAAGCCCCUCUAGCCCGACCAGCGCCGGAUUCCUCGGGGAAUCCGAGAGAUUGAUCGUACGUAAGAGAGAGCGUGCGGCUGCUAUGUGAUCGUGCGCGCACAACGCGCACGUAGCCGCGCGCGAAAUGUGUUGUGAGCGCGCGGAAUCUAUCGCGCUUGUUAUAUUACGCCUCUACACGCGUGCCUUCGCGAAGGUGCCGACGAGAGAGAUCGUAGCUUGUACCAUAUCAAAUUGAACAAAUGGCUGUUGUAAAUACACGGGUGAAUGCGUGUGUAAUGUAUGCGUGUGUGCGGUAUGCGCGUGCGUGUGUGAUGCGCUGACUCUACGAGCAGCCUCGAAGAGGGCGGUCUUUAAUGUACAUAUUCGAGUAAUCAGAGAAGGAACGAGUGUGACAGGAUAGGUUUGCGUGUGUGCGUGUGUGCGUGACUUCGGGACGAAGGCGCCCGCAGUUGCGGCUACGCCGCCGGUCUCGGGGGUGGUCUCGCAUCGGCGUGACAACGGCGACGGAGGAGAUCCGGAGGAAGGUCGAGCGAGGUCGUCGCGCCACCUGACACUGAAUUCCAGCACAAGGGGAAGAAGAGAGUGGGAGGAGAGAGCAGCGCGCAUUCCGCCGCGCGGAAAAACACGCGUGAGACAAUUGGUCGCGCGUCGACGAGUCAGCUUACGACGACGACGACGACGGAUCUUUCCUACUCCGCCGAUGUCAAACAAAAAGUGUAAAUAACAGAGACGCGAAUGUGCCCGCGAGAUCGCGAGCACCCGGAAUGAAAGGCGCUCGCGCGCGGUGUGUGUGUGUGUGUGCGUGCGUGCGUACGUAAGGGAAACUUCGACGGAGGCAGCUUCUGUAAUUCGCCGUUAUCGAUAGACUGAACGACCGUCCUUUUGAGCUGAAGGUAGCUCGAGCUGCAUCGCGCGCUAUGCACCAAAAAUGAUGGUUACGCGUUUUAACUUAUAAAAUGAGAUUUACAAACAUAAAAACAUAAAAACGUAAAAAUUGCAUCGCAUCAGUUUCGAGAGAAAAAAAACAAUAUCGAUCGAAAUGUCCAAGCGAGUUGGCUGUGCGAAGUAAGUCCCGCGAUUCGCAACAGCCGCGCGCGUCGCGUCCACGGUGCAUCACGCGCGAUUCACCAUACUCGCCAUAUUAAGUAGUUGUUUAUAAUAACGACUAGCGACAAUCCCGCAUAGGAACAUUUCGGUGCCUUCCUUAAAAAAAAAAAAAAAAAAAAAAA